AUGAGCACAAAUUCAAUAAAAAAUAACGUGUCAACCCAAAAACAAAAUUCACCAGCAUUAAAUAAUAGUUUGAAGAAAAAGAAUCAACAAGAGGAGCAAGAAAAACGAGAAACAGCAAAACCAACAAAAACCAAUAGUGUAAUAGAUGAAAUAUUUGCCACAAAAAUCACGAAGCAUCCAAAUAAUAGCCUUAACUCACAAAAAGCAGAAAUUUCGCCACAAUUACCAAAAAUAUCCAAACGAAAAUUAAAGCAAAAUGACGAAGACGGGUUUAGCGAUACUCGAGGAACUAAAAUUCGUAAAAAAACAGAAGAUGGACUACCAAUUUAUAGUGCUGAAGAAUUGAAGUUGAAUAAUAAAGGGGGUGGAGAUACUUCUCAAUGUCCUUUCGAUUGUCACUGCUGUAAGUUAUUUAUCCACGAACAAAUUUAG